AUGUCCGAUUCAGAGCUGUCAGAGCCCACCAGUGCGCCCUCAGCUGCAGCAAUUGAAGCCUCCCUCAAACGCGCUGUACGCGACAUUCAGAAGAGUGGUGAAGACGUCACCAUCAACAAUGCCCGUAAGCUGGCAGAAGAAGCUCUGGAUCUUGACGAGGGCUUCCUGAAGGGGGCAGAGUGGAAAGGCAAGAGCAAGGAAAUCAUCACUUCAGCUGUUGAGCAGGAAGAUGAGCCAGAAUCGCCGAAGAAACCAACGAAGCCUGCUCCAAAGACCAAAGCUAAGCCUUCUGCCAAAAAGGGCAGGAAGCGCAAGUCUGAUGACGAUGAAGAAGCGGCAAUGAAGCCUCAGCGCAGCAGAAAGGCUGCCAGAGUCGAGUCGGAAGAUGAGGCAUCAGAGCCUGAAUCAGAGGUAGAGGAUGAUGAAUCUGCCUUUGAGGAGGAAGAGGAGGUGAAGCCUAAAAAGAAGGCUGCGAGGAAACCCGCCAAGAAGCCUGCGCCGAGGAAGGGGAAGAAAGCAGCAGAGGUGGUUGAGAGCGAAGACGAAGAAGUUGAGCCUGCGAAUAGCAAGUCUGCACCAAAGGUCGAAAGUGACAACGAAGAGGACAAGCCUGCGGAGGAUGACAAACCGACCAAGGACGACACGAGCGAACUGUCCGAUGUACCAGACAAGAUGUCAGAAGAGCCUUCCAAGACUAAUGGUAAAGCUGCUGCGCCUGAAGACGAUGACAGUGACAUGUCUGUCUUGAUCGACGCACCACCAAAGAAGAAACGCCAAAAGAAGACCGAGACGGGGUCGAAAGCGAAGUCCACAGCUAAGGAAACGAAGCCGAAGACAACGAAAGCCAAGCCGGCGAAGAAAGAGCUUUCGGUAGAUGAGGAAGAGAUCAAGCGUCUACAAGGAUGGCUUGUGAAAUGUGGACUGAGGAAGAUGUGGCAUCGCGAGCUUGCGAACUGUUCGACAGAUAAGGCGAAGAUCAAGCACUUGAAAGGCAUGCUAGACCACGCUGGCAUGACAGGUAGAUACAGUAACGAGAAGGCGCAGAAGAUCAAGGACCAGCGAGAGCUGGCCGCAGAGCUCGAGGCUGUCAAAGAGUACGACGAGAAGUGGGGACAAAGUGAAGGAGAUGAUAAUGGCAAGGAUGAGGACGAAGACGAUGAGAAAGCUGCAGAGAGCAAAGGUGAUGAGCCGCCGAAGAAGAGAUUGCCGAAGGGGUUGAUUGAUUUUGGGGAUAGUGGAGACGAUGGAAGUGACUGA